CUCCUGAAUGCAAAGUGAAAUUAAUUUUAUUCUGAGGGCUGGUGUUUAUUUGAGAAUGUGCAACGUGCAUGCUCAACACAACACAGCAUAACACGGGAUAUGCCUUCGGGAGCUGAGGUAUUAACACUUAUUUCUGAGGUUAAGAUGAGGUAGCUUUUCCUGAGACGUGGGAGGGGCUUGGGAUCAUGCCUUAUCAUCAAAGCCCUGUGAUUAAGAAUGGCUACCAGACGUGCUCACGCUGAGGAUGACCUUUCCUGUCCAAUUUGUGGAAACAUUCUGAGUCAGCCAGUGGUACUGACAUGCAGACACAGAUUUUGUAAAGCCUGUCUAACAGACAGCUGGGACUCACAAGGCAGUGGGGAGUCACACUACUGUCCUCUGUGCUGGCGCCGUUCCUCCAUGGAUCAAAUAGUGGUGAGCUCUGUGCUGGCUAAGGCCUGUGAAUCCUUCAAGGAAGAUAGAAGCAAGAAUGACCCAGACGCUUGUCAAGAACAUGGAGAAAAGCUUACACUCUUCUGUUUGGAGGACUUGGAGCCGAUCUGUGGUGUGUGUGGGAAGGCAGCUGCACACAUUGGACACAGGCUCUAUCCCAUUAGGGAAGGUGCUCAUGACUGUAAGGAGGAACUGAAGAGUGCACUCCUGCCUUUGAAAGAAAAGUUGCAGCUGUACAAGAAAGCAAAAAUGGUCUGUGAGGAAAUGACAGAACACGUCAAGAACCAAGCUGAACACACCGAAGCGCAGAUCAAAGAGGAAUUUGAAGCUCUUCACCGUUUCCUGAAAGAGCAGGAGGCUGCCAGACUUUCGGCAUUAAAGGCUGAGGAGGAUCAGAAGAAUCUGAUUAUUAACCAGAACAUCGAGGAGAUGAACAAUGAAGUGACUUCUCUUUCCAACACCAUCAGAUUAGUGGAACAGGAGAUGCAAAGUCAAGAUAUCCCAUUUCUGAAGAAUUACAAGGAAACAAUAAGGAGAACCUGGCGACGUUCCCUCGAUCCACAAAUGAUCUCCGGUGCUCUGAUCGACGUGGCCAAGCACAUGGGCUCUCUGAAAUACAAAGUGUGGGAGAAGAUGAAGAGCGUUGUAAAAUACAAUCCGGUGAUUCUGGAUCCCAACACAGCAGCCAGCUGCUUCAUCCUGUCUGAGAAUCUCACAGUAGUGCAGAACUCCAGCCAGAUUUUCAAGCUGCCAGACAACCCAGAACGCUUUGACAUCAGUGCUGAGAUGCUGGGUGCUGAGGGCUAUUCCUCUGGACGUCAUAGCUGGGAUGUCGAGGUGAACGACAAUACCUACUGGGUGGUGGGAGUAGCCAGCGAAUCCAUCAACAGGAAGGGUAAGCAUGUGCUAACACCAGCGGAGGGAUUCUGGACUAUAAGGUUUCGCAAUGGAGAGCAUAAAGCCUGCACAGCGCCGUGGGAGCCGCUCAACAUGACCAAGAAGCCGGAAGUGAUAAGAGUGAUUUUAGACAUGGACAGAGGGAAGGUGACCUUUUACGACCCUGGAGAGAGAACACCUCUCUACACCUUCACGGGCAUCAUCACACCCAGGGCCUUUCCCUACUUUUGUACAGCUUGCAAAGAGCAUCCACUCAAAGUCCUACCCACAAGGAUAUCUGUAUCAACGGACUAUUAAGUCGCCUAAGAGAAAAAUUUGUUUGUAUUAAAAUCCAAUUAAAGAAAUGAAGGGGUUUUGAGCCUUGUGAAGAUUUUACCUCUUUCCUUUUGCAAGAGAUGAUAAUGGGCUUGCACAAUAAAGUUAAAGCAGGACACUGCCUUGAAAGGUGAAAGAGUCACCUCUGAAAGGUUUUUUACAAAUGACAUGAAACUGAUUUUAAAAUAUUUAAUUUGUGUUACAUCAAAACAAUGUAAUCUGGGAGGUCCAAGAUUGCAAAUAUCUUCACAAUCCCUAAACACCUAUAUAUUAAUACAAUGAAAAGGUUUGUUACAUAAAAUGACAUGUCAUUAUGUGUGACUCAGCUUUGCAUAACACAGAAUCAGUACUGUGAUUUCCACAUUCAUUUGAGCUCCUUCCUUCCUGAAAAAAGCAUAAAAAAGAAAGAAAGAAAAAAGAAACAGAUCUGGAGUUUGAUAAAAGGCACAUACAGUAACAAUGUUUGUGUAUUUGCCAACCCGUGCCCGUGAGGUUCAUACCUGACAAGUGGGAUUAGUUUUCCAUUGCAUUAAAAACCUUAAAGACUCUAUGGUUAGUGUUUCAACUAGUAGCCUCACAUACUGCAUGUUGAAGUCCAAUCUCAUCCUCAUUCAAACACACAGCUGCAACACAAUAGUAUUGUUUAAACCUACACCAAGUUAACCUUUCAGCAUAUUUCAUAAAGGGGGUACUUACCCUGUAACAAAGUUUGACUUGAUACUACCCCUUCUUGUCCUAGUAACAUUACUGUAACAUAUCCUACUUGAAACUGGUUGUGGAGGAUAUCCACUCUAUGUGCGGUGACGCUCCAAGGCUUUAUGAGGUGUUUGCUUAAUGAUCAAAAACAAGCUAUUAAAAGGGUAUAAAUGCCUUCA